AUGAAUACAUCAGCUGAAAAAGAAAAGUUGGAAAUCAUCCAUGGAAUCUAUCUUAAGACAAUUUCACGUCAGAUUUCAGAUUCACUUCCAUUUGCAGAAAAAGAAUUCAGAAAGCCUAAUGACUCUGCAGCAUACAGAGUAGCAGCUCAAUAUGUAUGUGAUUACCUUGCUAAAAACUAUAUGGCAAAUGCAGCAACAGCUUGCGAAAAGGAAACUGGUGGAUAUCUUAGAACAAGACAUGAACCAAACUGGAUUCUUCGUCGUCUUAGAUUAGAUGAAUCAAAAAGUCCAAUUCAACAGUUGUUGGACUUAUAUGAUCCUGAUUUUCAAUCUCAGACAUUAGAGACAGGCUCUUCAAGAAGAAAGACAUCUCCAACAAAUACAGAUAUGCCAUCAGAUGCACAGUUUGUUGAUUCUCAAAACUUCUCACAAUUUACAGGAAUAUUAACUACCGCGGCCGGUGCUGAGUACACUGUCGGCCAAGAACAGGAAACAAUGAAUACCUUCACACAGUUAUCACCAAAGACAAAGACAGAAACAACUUCUUAUGAUCCAAGAGGUGUAAAGAAAGCACAUAAGCAAAAACCAAUACCACAGCUUUCACAAGAUAGAAUCCAAAACUCUCAUUUUAAGGCUCGCGAAGUAACAGAUAUUACAACAACAGUUAUUGAUACAAUUGCUGAUAAGGAUGAUUCUAUUGCCCAUAAAAAUGCUCGCAAACAGUUAAGAGAAGCAGGACUUAUCACGUCUCCUGAAACAACUACUAUGACAUUUAAUACCAAUAAUGAACCUGCUACAACAACAUAUCUUGAACCAAAACCAAGGUAUGUAGAAGAACCUGUUUCAAAGACAUGGGAUGAUUUAGAAGAUGAACCUGAUGAUGUAUCUUAUUUGAGAAGCAAGAGUAAAUUCGCAGAUUCUUACGAAGAAAUGUCAAAACGUAAGAGAAAUGUUAAAAAACAAGAGGAGGUUAAGUUAGAACCAGUACCACCAAUAGAUCCUAAUGUGAUUCAAUCUCUAAAUAAUGAUAAUUAA